CAUUCGCACUCGUGUCAAAUCCCCACAGUCGUAUUCUUGCUAUAUAGCCAUUUUUCAUAUUGAGAAGUCAUUGGUUACUUUUCUAGUUGCCUGUUUAUAAGAUGUUGGACCAUGAUCAUUCUCCACAAGAUUUGGUAAAUCAAAAGAUGGUGCAAAAUCACAAAGAAAUAGAGAGCAUAAUAAAGGGUGAAUCUUUUAUAAGGGAUGACCAAAAUGAGCCAAGGGACACUUACAAGAUUUCAUACAUAAUCCAUUUCUUGCUUGGUGCAGGCAAUUUGUUGCCAUGGAAUGCCUUAAUCACUGCUGUCGAUUACUUUGGUUACCUUUAUCCAACCAAACAUGUUGAAAAAGUUUUCUCUGUUGCCUACAUGACUUCCUCUCUCUUGAUUCUUGUUUUGAUGUUGAGUUGGAGUAAAUGGAACCAAACAAUGAGCCUUAGAUUGAGAUUAAAUCUUGGUUUUUCUAUGUUUGUUCUUUCGUUAAUGGUAACUCCAAUUGUAGACUGGGCUAAUUGGGACCAAAAUGGAACAAAGGUGAAAUCAAAUGCAACCUAUUAUGUAGUGGUUGCAUCAGUUGUUAUUUGUGGUUUGGCUGAUGGUUUAAUUGGAGGAAGCUUGAUUGGUUCUGCUGGUAAACUGCCUAAACAAUACAUGCAAGCAAUUUUUGCUGGAACUGCUUCUUCAGGUGUUCUAAUUUCCAUAUUAAGGAUUAUAACCAAGGCGUCACUUCCACAUACUCCACAGGGUCUAAAGACAAGUGCUCACUUCUACUUCAUAAUUAGCACAACAGUUUUAAUAUUGUGCAUUAUCUGCUGCAACUUGUUGUAUAAGCUUCCAGUUAUGCAGCAGCAUUACACACAGCUUGUUCAAGAAUUCUUGCCAUGUUCAAGGCGUAAACUCCGCGAUGUGGCAAGAACUAUAAGGUGUCCUGCAUUUGGGAUUUUCGUGAUUUAUACCGUUACAUUGUCCAUUUUCCCAGGGUUCUUAGCAGAAAAUCUUGAAUCAAGGGUGCUUAAAGAUUGGUAUCCCAUAUUGCUGAUUACAGUUUACAACGUGUCCGAUUUUGUUGGGAAAUCUUUCACUGCUGUGUAUGUUCUAAAGAGUACUGGAAAGGCUACAUGGGGUUGUGCUGCUAGGCUUUUGUUCUAUCCUCUGUUUACUGCUUGUCUACAUGGUCCUAAAUGGCUAAAAAGUGAAAUGCCAAUUGUUCUUCUAACUACGAUGCUCGGAGUGACCAACGGGUACUUGACAAGUGUCAUCAUGAUUCUUGCUCCUAAAUCUGUGCCAAGUUCUGAAGCAGAAAUUGCUGCCAUUGUUUUGGCUGUUUCAUUAGGGAUGGGAUUAGUGGCUGGUUCUGUUGUUGGUUGGAUUUGGAUUAUCUGAAGUCCUAUUAAUUUAGUUAGCCAUUUAGGCAGGGGCUUUUAUUUGUAGGAAAUUACUAGAACCGUAAGUUAGAAUUCAUAAAUCUUGUGUUGUAAUCAAUGUAUUUAUGCCAUUAUGAGAAACAAAUAUAACAAAAUGAAUUGUGUUCAUCUUCCUGAUUUUAGGAUUUGUGAUGCAGAAAACUAUAAUAACUUCU